ACUUAAAAUCCAAUAUAAUCGCUUCACUUUUCUGACCAUUGUCUUCACAAAACAUAUAAAAGACCGUCGAGCUCACCGGCCACAAUCUCGAUAAAUAUCCACUGCGUCUCUUCCGUUUUCUCCUUCUUUCAAAUUCAGACCAAUCUUCAAUAUAAAGUCUUUUUACAUCACGCUUUUUCGCUGAAUGUUCGCUUCAAGCCCUAGCUCCCUCUUCUUCUCCUUCAAGCCCAAUCCCCCACUACUCCGCCCUCCACGCCUCCGGUGCCGCGCCGCCGCCGCUGGAGCCGGCGACCUUGCGGCGGGCCCGGCAUUCCCGAAAUUGUUCCAGUAUCUGUCAAUUGCCGGUGUCUCCGGCGGCGUCGGCGCUCGGAUUGGCAUUGACUCUUCGGACGGAGGUGCCGCCGCCGACGGCGCGGCUAGGCGAGGCGCUAAUGACGGCGGGACGAAGGUGAAUGCCAAGGAGAAGAAGUGGUCGCGAAGUGGAGAGAGUUAUUUGACCGACGAUGAGGAUCCUCUGCCCCUCCCUAUGACCUAUCCCGAUUCUUCUCCCGUCUCCCCGGAGGAGAUUGACCGCCGCCUCCGAUGCGAUCCCCAAGUUGAGGAUUGCAAGGAAGUAGUUUAUGAGUGGACGGGAAAAUGUAGAAGCUGCCAAGGUUCAGGAUAUGUCAGUUACUAUAACAAAAGAGGGAAACUAUAACAAAUGAGGGAAGAGAUCACUUGCAAAUGCAUUCCUUGUCUUGGAAUUGGAUAUGUUCAGAAGAUAACAGCUCGCAAAGACAUAGAAGUGAUGGAGGAUUUGGAUCGAUCAUGACCUAAAACGAAUGGAGAUUUUGUUUUUGUUUUAUUUUAUUCAACUCGGUAUUUAUUUUUGCAAUUGUUUCGGUGAGCUGUAGACCUUUCUCUUUUCCUUUUUCUUCUUUAAAAUUGGCCGUCAUUGCAUGGCCCUCGACAAUCUACCUCCUUAAGAGAGUUAUGAGGAUAAGGCAGGAAACUUGUAGGAAAAAAGUUAAAAAGAGGGGAAAAAAAUAAAAUAAUAUAAGAUUUUAGCUUUUGCAAAGAAUUUAUUCUUAUCUUCUACCUUUUUACUUUCCAACCUUUAUAAUUCUUGCUUAUCUUGUUCACCAUCGCCAAAGAAUCUGUUACCUUCUAGUUGCCUCAAGCUGUUGAGUUAUCAAUGUAUUUUAGAUUGCUUUAUCCCAUUGACUAGGACGUUAGAAAAACCUUUCAAUUUUCUUGCAUCAUGUUCAGCAUAUAAAGUCUGGUGACUCCUCUAUCUCUUCCAUCUCGAAUUGAAGGUUGU